CUGGAUUUUGAAGCCCGUAUCCCCGUCCCCUUCAGCGUCUUUCCCUCCACCUACAAGGAGAGUGAGGCACAAACACAAACACAAACCCAGACCCAGACCGUCACCCAAACCCACGAGGAGCUUGAGAUCAAACUUCCCCAGAAGCCUCAAAAGCCCGGACGGGAAGGUGAACACUCUUCUUCUUCUUCCUCCUUCUCUGCCAUUUCCGAACAGCUCCCUCCUCGGAAAGACACCCGCAUCACCGAAGAAGAGGUUCGCAUCGAAGAGCACUACCACCACCACCGUCCCGGUCCCCCCAAGCCCAGGCCUCACGUCCAUCACGAGUCCCACACUUACAUUGAGGACCACCGCCCUGUCCCUCAGUUCCAGACCCAAGAGUUCCACGACACUCGUGUUCAAGUCGACACCCGCCACCACGAGCACCUGGUAAACCCGAUUGAUAGAAUCGAACGCCAGUACCGUCAACGCGUCCAGCCUACCUACCACCGCGAAGAGGUCACCGUCGAGCAGCGUCCCUUGCCUGCUCACUCUCACCACUCCUCGCACCACUCUGGUCACUCCCACCACUCUCACUCCCACGUCGACGAGUACACCGUCGACUCUCACUCCGAGCGCCCCCGUCCUCUGGAGUACAAGGAAACCGUAAAGGUUACCGAAGAGACCGUUGAGCCUUCCCACGCAUCCGCCCCCAAGCACAAGUCCAAGAUGGGUUACUACGACGAGGAUGGCCACUACCAUUCUUUCCGCCAGGGUCUCCACAGCUUGGCUGACAAGAUUGCUCACCGUCAUAAAGGCCGAUCCGACCGCUACGAGGUCGCGGAGAUCCGCGAGCACCGUGCUCCCUCCCCCCGCCCCUCCGGCUCCGCCGGCGGCUCUCCCCUCCUCCCCAACACCGUCACCAUCCCCUGCCACCACAUCCGCCUCGGCGACUUCCUGAUGCUCCAGGGCCGUCCCUGCCAGGUCAUCAAGAUCUCCACCUCCGCCGCCACCGGCCAGUACCGCUACCUCGGUGUCGACCUCUUCACCAAGCAGCUCCACGAGGAGUCCUCCUUCAUCGCCCACCCCGGCCCCAGCGUCGUCGUCCAGACCAUGCUCGGCCCCAUCUUCAAGCAGUACCGCGUCCUCGACCUCUCCGACGGUCACGUCACCGCCAUGACCGAGACCGGCGACGUCAAGCCCAACCUGCCCGUCAUUGACCAGUCCAACCUCUGGAGCCGCCUGAACCAGGCCUUCGAGUCCGGCCGUGGCUCCGUCCGCGUCCUGGUUCUCAACGACAACGGCCGCGAGCUCGCCGUCGACGUCAAGGUUAUCCACGGCUCCCGUCUGUAA